AUGACUCUGGCUGAACUGCCGUACUUUGCCGAUGAUGCUCUGCUCCCGGAAAGUUUGCCAACAUGUUCCGCGAUCAGGUCAUCGGCAGAUGUUCUCGUUGAUCAGUCUACACACCGGGUUGUUGGAGUCGGGAUCCAUUUCAUUGUCAAGUAUGGAAAACGCCUGGACUUGAUGGAAGGCCAGAAUAUGCUGUACGUGCAGCAGGCGACCAGCGUAUCGGUGCCACGUGUGUAUGCGAUGUUCCACGAGUCAGAAAGCAGCGAGAACUUUAUUGUGAUGGAGCGAAUCAAGGGCAAACGUCUUGAUCGUGAGUGGAGCUUGUUGGGUCAGCGCGAGAAGCGCCUGAUUGCCUCUAAGCUGAAGAGAGAUUUUGAGGAAUUGCGGAAGUUGCCUUCUCCUGGUGGAUUUUGCAGCCUUGGGAAUAGACCUCUGUUGGAUGACAUCUUCUGGACGGAUAGUGAAUCUACAUCACUAACAGGACCGUUUGCUACAGAGUCGGCGUUCAAUGAAGCACUCAUUGCUCUAUACUUGCACAACAAGCCCUCCAAGUACAAAGCAGACUUUUACAGGCGUACACUUCCAUCCGUCGUCCACGAAUCCUGCGCACUCUUCACGCACGGUGAUUUUCAAGGGAAGAACGUAUUGCUCAGACGGCUGACAGAAAAGGGAUCAGACGCAGUCGACGUAAGUUUGAUUGACUGGGAAUUUAGUGGAUGGUAUCCAAGCUACUGGGAGUUUUCCAAGAGCUUGCUUGCAUGUGGUCGUUGGGAGAACGACUGGAGUACGUUUCUGGAUACAAUCCUACCAAAUCGUUGGUCGCAAACAGCAUGGUUAGAUAUGUUUCUCGGAGAACUGCUUAUAUAA